AAAUCUGCAAAGACAUUCUCACGAAAGCGAUAAAAUUUGUGCAAAAAUAAUCAUACAAAGGGAAAUGUGACGAAACACUUGUGCAGAUAAGAGUAAGAAUUCGCAAGGCAAUGAAAAACAGAUGAUCAGAAGCUCUACAACCAGAUCCAUACUGGUUGACACAAGCAUUUACUACUGGUUACAUUAUCAAAAGAAGAUUGUAAGAGAAAUUGCCUUUAAGCUUUGGUUAGACAUACGAUGGAAAGAAUGAUCUGGCCUACAGGUGGUAUUAGUGUGGUAUAUAGGAAAAAAAUUUCUUUACAUCUUCUAAUUUUGAACAUACAUUUGAUAAAUAAAUAAGAAAUGGCACGAAGAGGAUAUAGAGAGAAAAACGUUUCUUAACGGCUUGAAGACAAAAAUAUCCGAUCGUCAACGUUAAAAAAGCUGUGAAUAUCUGCAGAAAAUACUGGAGUCAGCAAAAUAAUUCCAAAAUUUUUUCACACAAAUUAUGUUCAUCUUGUGCAGGGCCCCGCACACCCUCCGCUAAACAACUGCAAGAUCUGCAGCGCUCUAGUGAUGAAAUCGAAGAAAAUUCCGUAACCAAUGAGGACUAGGCCAUGGGAAAAAUUAUGGUGAGGUGAUCAGCUUAAAGCAGACGAUGAUGAGUGGAACUACAUUUUCUUCUGGAGUUCCAGCAAAGGAGACAGUGAUGAAGGAUGAAUGGAUCCAUAUCAUUUUCUAUACAACGAAAUUUUAAUUUGAAUGACUUUUUUAACUAGCUAAAGAUUUUUAGGCAUCCUUUCACGCGUUAUUCAAUUACCUUUAAAAGGCGAUGACGUCAUAAAAUGAUGAUGACGUCAUGAAAGAACGUUUAAAAGUAAGUAUAAUAGAAAUUCAAUACAUCUUUUAAAAGCACUGAAUGUGUGCAAUUCGAAUAUGGAACAUAUUUGACAAUGAUAGUUGCGAGAAAACAAUUAAAAAGGUUCAAAGUGAAUUUUCUCCAAGUUGAUGACGUCAUCACAAAAUUUGACUUCCGUUCGAGAUAUUUUUCAUUUCAUCUCAGAUUUGAAAUCUGCAUAGUUAAUUUAGUGCAAAAAUGGAAAAAAAAUUGAGUUCGAGUCCUUGGCCGAUUUUUAAAGAUUUUUUAUCAUUUUUUUGAUGACGUCAUCAAAAACAGUAACUUCCGGUGAUAAUUUUUUUUGGCCCAUCUUGGAUUUGGAAUCUCCAUGGUCGAUUUAGUAAGAAUGUGAAAUAAAAUUUGAGGUUAGGCAGUUUGCUAGUUUUUUCUACAAAAUUCCCUGUCUAAGCGAUAAGGUAAUGAAAUAGCACCUCCCACAAGGUUCCAGUAUGAAGCCAAUGAUUUUUAUUUCUCUUUCCCGUAACUCAAAUUUGGUCUAAUUCCCUCAUUACAACUCUCAUUUACAUUUUUGCAUUUAAGUGUGAUUUUAACAGGAAUCUUCAAAAUAGGUUUCCGCCGCGUCACCAUCAAUCCAGAAAAUAGGUCAUCACAUGUGAUCGUUUAGUUUAGAGUUACCUUGUUGAAAUCAACGAAAAUGACCCACCACGCUGCAUUUAUUGGUAUCAAGAGUUGUUGACAUGUCUCCUUUGCAAGUGAUAUUAUCUUACUGCAGAAAAGAUUACUGUUUUAAUCAUAUUUUCAAAAGAUAGACCUACCCUGUCAUGCAGGGAAGUAUUCCUGGUUAAAAUCUACUACAGAUGUAGAUGUCCUUAUCGAUAAAUAUGUGUUACGACGCUCACGAUGACAAACAAGCAGUGCUCUUAAUAACAAUGGUUUGGCAGGUCACGGAUAUGUAUCCAAGUUUGCAGCAUCUUAAAGUUUUUGACAGGAUCUUGGCUGCACCAAAAGUAUUUUUGAACAAGUUGGAGGCUCGUUUACUGACAAAAUUGUUGUUAUGACAAAGAAGAUUUGCUUCAAGGCUUGUUUGAAUUCAAUUAAAUUCUGCCGUUUGCUAUAUAACACCUAGUUAUACGACAUUUAGAAAGACUGAGGCAUUGACAUUACAAGCUUUUAUGUGUAUGUACAACGUUCAUUAUUAAAAAGGAGCUUUGUUCCAUUCCUCGAAUUAGCCACCACCCUGUGAAAGCCCCCAUUUCCGCAGGAUUAACCGUGGCCAUUGUUUCGUAUUAUUCUCAAAUAGAAGCCUGCUAUGCUCGUUCAAAAAAAGAUUAAAAUCGAACUUUUCAGGGCCCACGCCAUUAAUUUGAAAGUGGGGGGCCAAGGCUAGCAAAAGUAGAAGGCUUCUUUCCUCUUUUAAAACUACACACUUUUUAUAAGUUCCUUGAUUUUUACUGCACAUCAAGUGCCAUGAAAAUAGUACAGAAACAGGAAAAACAUAAAAAUUUUGAAUUUUGCUUUUACUUGUGGCUAGAACUCAGGAGCAAACACAAAAAGAAGGUUAUGUAUAGUGAAAAUCUCACUCUCGGUGUUUUGACUACAAUAAGCCUUCAAUAUUUCGGCCUUCUACAUGAAGUAGCAAAUAUGAAACACCGCAAUACGCCGAGAAUAAACAACAAUAAAUACACGUAAAUCAGUAAAGGCUAAUAUUUCGCCCCGGCAUACGGGGCUUCAUCAGAGCGAAAGUUAACGGGCUAAAUAAUUACACACUUAAAAAAGGCGAUGGUGGUGUCGGAUUGGCUGAUGUGGAAUGGUGUGAAUGCAGCGCAGUGGUAGAGGAGGGAAGGGUGGCGAAUGAGAGAGGGUGGGUGGUGAUGGUGGAAUGAAAACGUAAUGGGGAUGAAGUACUAUAAUAUGAAAUAAUGAUAAUGUUUAUGUAAGGUUAACGGUCAGUGGUUCUGUUCAUGCCGUUCGGUGUGAGAGUGCUUGCCAGGCCAAUGAGGUAUUGCUCUUUGGCUCGUCGGACACUCUCUCGUUUGUCGUUGAGUUUCAGUAAUGGUGUUACAGUAAGGUCAUUAUUGGUAUGUUCUGGGCUACAGAAGUGUUCUGCAACACCAGAUUUGUCUACUUUUUUGUUGAUAAUGUCUCGUCUGUGUUCGUUAAAUCUGUCUUUCAGUCGUCUGCUUGUUUGUCCGAUGUAUUGGCAGUUCUUGUGUCCGUUAGUUAAACAGCGUUUGCACUGUAAUGCAUAAAGAACGUUAGUAGAGUUGCAGUCCAGUCUUUGUUUUAUGUCGUAGUUUUUGUCAGUGUUAGUAAAGGUAAAAGAAGUAGUACUGUCUGUGAUGUGUUGGCAUUUUAUGCAGUUUCGUCGCGAGUGGCAUUUGUAAGUGCCUGUAGGAUUACUGGGUGUGUCACGUUUCAUUCUAGAAUAUUCGUCGAGCAGCCUGCUAUGCUACAGUGGCCUUUUCUUCACUCACACACUUCUACAUGUAGGUUCGUUAUAAACAAAGCGUGUACUUGCUUCGCAAAAAAGUGGGGGCCAUGGCCACCCCGACCCCCCGCUGGCGUGGGCCCUGUAUUUAGCGUAAACGUGAAUUUCGGUCAAUGUUGCCGUCAUUUGAUUGCCAGGUGAUCAAACUUUAAAAUUUUAUGAUCUGUCACAACAGCAAAGUGGCUAACCAUUUAUUGUCGUGAACAAUGACCGUGACAACUUCAAUCAUCAAUACUUGACCAUUUGACCAAUGCAAUCCCUUCUCUAAGCAUGCGAUCAGGAACGCUGACAGAGGGGGUAGUCGGGGUAAGUGCCCCGGGCCCGGGUCAGUUCUGAGGCUCAUAAUGAUGAAAUCUAUAUAAAUUUUCCAAUUAAAUUCUAGAGCUAGUGUUGGAAUCUUUAUAUUCGUUGUCAAGUAAGAGGCCUACAUGCCCAGGGCCCGGCCUCACUUUUGGGGUCCUUGCGUGCGAAGAUCUUGUCGCUCCGUUUUGUAAAACUGCAGGAUGAACUUACAAGCAAGAGACAUAGAGCUGUUGUUCAAAUGGCUCGGGAAACUAAGCCCAAAAUAAUUACCAAAAUGUAUGGAACAGCCUGUAGAGAAGAAAACCCACAUAACGAAUCAUCUUGUCUCUGUUGGGCUUUUCGAGGCUUAUGAUAAUCUUAUCUUAGCCAUGUUUUACUUUGUUGUACUUUUUUCUUUCAAGGUUUUAUACAGACUGGUCAAUAUUAUUUAUGAAAAAUCACAAAAUUUUGAAGUUCUGCUUUUUUCAAAUUCUAAUCGUUUCUUAUUUUUUGCUUUGAAUUCUGAAGUCUUUUUCAGAUCUUCAGAAGGUUCAGAAAGUUCCUAUAGCAAUUUCUUAAAUGAAAAAAUGUACGAUAUAGGGAUUUUCGUGACAUCCCGUCUCCUAUGUAUUACCGCUUUAUCGGUCCUCAUCCAUGUGUCACAGUCAGUAAAUAAUGCCGUUUCGGAUUUCUGAAGACCGAAGAGAUGCAUCGAUCAUAAAGUACUGAUUUAGUGGGUGUGCGAAGAUAGGAAACAGGGUUCAGCAAAGUUUCCUUUGUCCAUUAGCUUUUUAUAUUUGUGAUGAUAAAUCGAUCAGAAGAAACAAAAUGAUAACCUUAUUUGGUGAGUUUUAACUUGUCAUCAGAAUUUUUAAUAAUGUAUCGGAUUCCUCAUUCAAGCAUACAUUCUUUUAUUUUGUAAGAUAAUUUAUAAAAUGAUUUAAAAUUUAAAUGCUUGAAUUUCCUCGCUCUUUUGAGUGGAAGGCUUGUAUCAUAAAUAAAUUCCUUGUUUUCAUUUUGUUUGCGUAGCGAUAUAGUUAAUCAGGAAGUGAUGUUGAUUUCGGACGAGGGGUUGGCGGCACGGCUGAAACCAGACCCGCUGCCCAUUUCUAAACAAAAACAGUAAAAUUGUUGUAGCAGUUAUCGUGGUAUCAGAGAUGGCACGCUUUGCAGUUUGGUCAUCAGUAUUGCUGUCCAGCAUUGGUAUAAUUCUAAUCGCAGUGUGUCUUGGAACGAACAACUGGGUGAGUCGCAAAAGAGAGACGUUCAGUGUCACUGAGGGACUCUUCUUUCGUUGCUCGUGGGAUGUCCAUUCGAACAAUGCAACCCACGAAAGAUGCCAUCGACUUUAUUACAACUUCAAAGAUUUUCCAGCACUUUAUAUUGCAAUCUUGUCCCUCAUGUUUGGUGCUUGUUUAUUUCAAUUGCUGACAUUUCUGGUGUCUAUGUUGAAUUUCUGCAUGGAGUCAUCCCCAGCUAAAGCAAUAUGUACCCUGGAAAUUCUUACAUUUAUGUGUGCAGUUGGUGGCCUAUCGACAUACGUCCGUUUCUAUGACAACAAAUAUUACAGGCUGGAUUGGUCUUACAUCGUUGGAUGGGUCGGUGUCUGCUUCAUAUCAAUCGGCCUGGUUUUUAUUAUCGUUGGAAUCGAAAGAAAACGACAAUCAUACUAGUAAUAUCGAGAUUUUAAUAUAAAAUUAUGUACUUCAUGUAAAUAAGCUCAAAGUUGUUGCUCCAGGAGAGCGAAUUUGUAAACAGUAUGAAGAUUUUUUUCCAAAUCAGAACAUGUUCUAAAAUCAGGUCUCAUUUUUUUUUCAAAUAAUGAAGACUCUUUACAUCACCCCUUUACUAUGUUGAAGGGGUGUUCCAUGUUUUAUUGAUAUAGCUCUAACGCAUAAGUGCAGCAGUUAUUGAAUUCUACAAUAUAUGAAAAACAUAGCAAGUGGCGUUGAAAUAUUAAGUGUUAUCGAUGUUAUUCAUACAAGUAACCUACAGACAAGUUACAACUAACUUACAAUGGACAUUUUUCUACACCUGGCAGUGAGACACUGACUCUUGCCUCAAAAAAAUCCGCUUUUUAUAAAUUUAAUUUGUGAUUCAAAGGCGUCAAUAGUUUCCUCAGAAUUUAUAGUGUUUAAAUGGAAUGUGAUUUUUU